UAUUUUACUAUAUUACAUACAAAAGCAAAAAAAAAAUUCCUCGUCUAUAUAUAUAACACACACGUUCAAAUCAUUAAUCACUUGUUUUAGAUAAAAUCAUAGAGAGAGAAAUAAAGAAUAAUGGGGAGAGGGAGAAGCUCAUCGUCUUCAUCGAUAGAGAGCAGCUGCAAAAGCAACCCGUUUGGUGUGUCUUCGAGUAAUACUCGGAACUUAAGCACGGACCUGAGGCUCGGACUCAGCUUCGGAUCAUCGUCAGGACAGUAUUACAACGGUGGAGAAAACCAUGAGUAUGGUGGAGUGGGUGUGGCUGAUGAGGAAAUGAUGAUCAUGGAAGAAGAAGAUCAAAACGAGUGUAAUAGCGUCGGAAGCUUCUACGUGAAGGUGAACAUGGAAGGAGUUCCUAUCGGAAGAAAGAUCGAUCUUCUAUCUCUUAAUGGAUACCAUGAUUUGAUCACAACUCUCGACUACAUGUUCAACGCCUCAAUCCUUUGGGCUGAAGAAGAAGAGAUGUGUAGUGAGAAGAGUCAUGUGCUAACGUACGCAGACAAAGAAGGUGACUGGAUGAUGGUUGGAGAUGUUCCAUGGGAGAUGUUCUUGUCUAGCGUGAGAAGACUGAAGAUCUCAAGAGCUUACCACUACUGAUGUUUUAAAAAAGCAAAGGGUGUUGAAUCUAGGAUUGACCAAUACAGUGGUGUGGGGAAAAAGUUAGUUUUGUCUUGAUGUAAAUCACUUGUUCGAGAUUUUAUUCAAAUUUUUGUUUCUAGUUUAUGAAUUACAUUAUAUAAAAAAUCGGUUGUAACUUGUAAGGAGGCAAUUUUUUCAAACAAGUUUUAGCUAAUGCAAACCCUUUUCAGUUCA